AGAGGGCGCUUUAAUAAACAAUGAACAUCUCACAUUGACAGCAUGACAUCACCGCUGUUUUUCCCAGACAGAGGCAACAUGCACGGAGGAUGCUGGGACCAUAUUGUCCGAGGAGGAGGAUGCACCAUUCGACAAAUGUUCUGAUAUCGAUGCACUCAUUUAAACGCGAAUCGUUUGAGAUGCAGCGUCGUUGAACGGUUUUGAUAUUUCCAGCACUGCCCAUUUAUUAAUGUGUGUCGCUGUUAAAUAGGAAUAUCUGGCAGUGCAUAUCCUGGAUAGCUUAUCGUAGUGACUGCAAACGUAAACUGGGCAGGAGGUGCAUUAUUGGAGUGGAGUGAACCAGUUUUAUCGGCUUUAUUUGGGGCUUGGUUCGCGUGAACGAGGACUGGACAGAAUCGUCUCGUCUGGUUUCAUUCACUGGAAUUGGAGUUGAAGGGCUACGGAUGGACGUUAAAUAAGUCUUAUUUUCGGCUGGGCUUCAGCUCGAGCUCUCCAAAACAAAUUCCACUGCACCGACUGACGUCCGUUCUCUCUGGCCGCGUGCCCGCCGGGAUGCGGGUGCACGUCAAGGAGCUGUCCAAGCUGUUGUGGUGCUGACGCGGCUCUGAGCGAACGCGAGCAUGGCUGCUGGGAAGUUGCUGCUCUACGCCGGUCUGUCUCUGUCCCUCUGCGCUCUCGGGAUGCUGGCUGUAGCUAUCUGCUCCGACCACUGGUACGAGACGGACGCCCGGAGGUACCGAGAACGGUGCCGAAGUUUCUCCAGUCGCCGGAAGGACCCGGGCUUUAUUUACAUCCCCAACAACAGCCUCCCUCUGCGGGCGAGCCGCUCGCGCCUGGACCGCUGGGAGGAAAAGCUGCUGCUGGCGCGGAACAGAAGGCAGCUGUUCGCCAUGAGCGCCGCCGAUGAGUGCAGCAGGCAGUAUAACUCCACCAACAUGGGCCUGUGGAGCAGAUGCCAUCGGCUUGGAUUUGAUCAAGAUAUCGAGGACCUUAUUCGAAAAGGGUCCAUUGCAAGAUGCUCCUAUAUUAAGUACCACUACUCCUCGGCCACAAUACCCAAGAAUCUCUCUUACAACAUCACCAAGACCAUACGUCAGGACGAGUGGCACUCUCUGCAUCUACGGAGGAUGACGGCAGGAUUUAUGGGAAUGGCGGUGGCCAUCAUCCUCUUCGGAUGGAUCAUUGGGAUGCUGGGAUGCUGCUGGGACCGUGGCCUCAUGCAGUAUGUGGCAGGUCUGCUCUUCCUCAUGGGUGGCACAUUUUGCAUCAUUUCCUUGUGCACCUGUGUAGCAGGCAUCAACUUUGAACUGUCCCGUUACCCUCGCUACAUGUACGGCCUCCCAGAUGACAUCAGUCACGGUUACGGCUGGUCAAUGUUCUGCGCCUGGGGUGGUUUGGGCCUGUCCCUCAUCGCCGGUUUCUUCUGCACGCUUGCGCCCUCCAUACAGCCGAUCCCUCGCUCCACGUGCCCCAAAUCCCGCCAAGAAAACGGCACAGUGUGUUAAGGGACGGCCUCUAAAAAUCCCAGAGCCCUACAUGUGCAGCUGGACAAUGAGGGACAAAACAUAAAAAAAAAAACAUAACUGAAGAUCAAAAUCAUUUAGAAUCAUUUAGAAUCAUUUCUAAUCUCACCAACCAGGCCAUUUUUAACCAUGUGUGUGAAUCUACACCUGAGUGUCCUGAUUGUUUAAAUGAAAAAAAAAGAAAAAAAAAAAAAUCAUAAGAUAAUAUCAGUGAGACUUUCCGUCGUCAAGAUCCUGCACAGAAAAACAUUCGUUCUGUCAGAAGUUGUGACUUUCAUGAGUACAAGAAAACGGUAAUGAAUGAAGCAAAGAAACAGACAGUAUUACUUAUUUUGAUGCAGCAAGGAUUGAUAUUGACAUGUAGGCUGACACCUAAAAACUGCCAAACCUGGAGACUACUGUAUUUGUAUCUGGACGGCACCACAUGCAAGUAUGGAGGUCCAGUGCCAAUGUUUGAAGCCCAGGAGUUCAGACGAAUCAGGAGCACCAGGACCAAGCUUCUUUCACAUGACUGUACAACAACUUUGAUGCAGUUUGGAUCUGUUGUGUCAAAACUUGCUGAUUUGUCUCGGACCCUGGAGACUAUCGCAAUGACUCUUGGGAUGUGGCUAAAGGAUCCGCUCGUGCAGAAAUGACGAAGAUUUUGGGAAUUGGAGAUGCCUGCUCAUGACGUUGUGUUGCUACUGCUCUACAGAAAAUUGUAAAGAGAAAAAUAAUACCUAUAAUAUUCCAGAAGAGAAAAAAAAAACCUAUCAGGAAAGACAUUUUUUGAAGCAUUUUCCAUGUUUUAUUUCUUUUUCAUGUCCAAAUGGUAUCAGCGGACGUUUCUAACAUACUCUCGAUUUUAUUAUGUGCUUCUUUCUUUGUUUUUUAGUAAUAACGGUCAUCAUCAGUGUGAAUGUGUGUGUAGGAAGUGUGCAAAUUCUUUAGUUACUAUCAAUAUAGUUUGUAAGAGUGUUUUGCGGUCUCCAUACAAAAAAAAGAAAAAAAAAAAAAAAAAGAAAGAAAGAAAAAGGACAACAAAGGUAACAUAUAUAUUAUGCAUAAAAUCAAAAACCUGCCUUGGGAGAAAUCAGGUAGGCUUUUGUUGAACCAAGAAUUACUGAAAAGGAAAGAUUUCAUAUCCGGUUUUAGACAGCCGACCACUUUGUCCCUGUAGACACGACUGACGUAGUAUGCAGAAAGACAACUCAACAUCACACUGAUACUGCCUUAAGCUUGUCCGGAAGGAGGCAUUUAUGCCAUUUGAUGGUAACGCAUGCUGACUUCAAUUCUAAAAGCAUCUAUGCGCUGACAAAAGAAAUCCCCAUUUGAAUCCACCUUCCUACUCUGUUUAACCAUGUGUCUAUUUACUUAAAGGGAACUCCCAAAACAGGACGUGGUAUGUAAGUGCCUCCUGAUUACAUGAGACCGCAGUGGUGCACAAAAGAGGUACAUCUGUGGAAUCGUGACCUCAACAUGGAGGACGAGUGGCUAGCACAAACUUAAUACAAUCCCUCAAGCUGUUUGCAUUAUUUCUCUUCUCACUCAUUUGUUUUCAAAAUCGGGAACAUUUUAUUAUCCAUUUCACAUGCUAUAAACGCAUAAACAAUCACUUGAGCAGCCAUAAAACAGCGCACUAUGAUGGAACACAUGCGCCGAGGGUCACUGGCAAACUGGCACACUCAUUCAACCAUGCCAAAAACCUACACUAGGAGAUUUAGCUCUGCUGCAAGACCAUGUUUACAGAUUUCUAAAAGGGAGAUUUGCCAAAACAAAUACCUGCCAGCUCUCUUUCAUAGAAUUCCUCGCAUUAAGUUCCUCUAUAGAGGAAUUCCACAGAGUUCAUGACGGCCAGCAGCUGGUGCCCAUUUACGUCUGUCAGUAAAAGAAUGGGCACUUAGUAGUACUAAUGUAUACCUAAACAUUGACAAAAACAACCUUUAAAAGAUUGAAUGGGUCAUGGAAAGACCCCCAGACUCACAUCAUCAUAGAAAACCUAGGAAUGUCAGGGAAUUGUGAUUUCCAGCCCUGGAAAAGUAAUGAAAUUAAUCAAGUGAUGAAAUGUCAAAAAUUUCAAUAGUGGAUAUAUAGUAAGAAUGCACAAAAAUAUUUCAUUGCCCAUUAAUUGCUCUUCGUGAGUGCAAUACUUCUAAUUGUAUUUUUUGUUUAUUAAAAAGGACAAAAAAAAGUCAUGGAAAAACUCAUUUUAAAUGUAAAACUUUUCUCCUCUGGCAUAACCUGUCUAGAAGUUGCUAGUGAUCCUGUAGAUGUUGAUAAAAGGGAUAGCUCACCCAAAAAUGAAAAUUCUGUCAUCAUUUGGAAAGAAAUGGUGGGGACAAUGGAAAUUCAUGGCUACCGGCAAUUGUUCGGUUAACCAACAUUAUUCAAAAUGUCUUCUUUGACUUCAACAGAGGAAAGAAACUCACACAGAUUUGGUUUCUGGCUGAACUAUCCCUUUAACGGUUUCAGGUGUGUUUAAUUUUAACUGAAGCUAAAACCACCUAAAUUAUCACCUGCUUCCAAAUAGCAAUAGUAAGGAAAAAGGAGCAUGGGUCACACUGCUGCUCAUACUCAAGCUCCUUUAACACGUUCAUUCAUUUUGAGAGUUUUCAUUGUGUUCAUUCGUGAAACAAGCUGUAUUCAGAGCAUUUUUGACAUAUUCUUAGGCGCUUUGGGUGAUUUGUUUGGCAGCAUUAAAGUAAAAAAAAGACUUUGUUGCAUGCUGACAAUGCAAUUAGCCAUGAAAUUACAUAAACAUCCAACCACACUCACAGAACUCCAGAAGACUUCUUCACACUUUCCAGAAGCAGAGCCCGAAGACAAAUCGACCAAAUGCAGCCCACAAACUCCACAAGGCUUGAUUACAAUAUGCAUGCAACCGAAAACCUGCAUAAAUACACAAGAAACAAUCUGUUUUAGAAGCAUCUUGCAACAAGCCCAUCUGGCCUUAUAUAAGAUAGUGUUCCUUGACACACUUAGGAGGAAAAUAUGUAUUUCAGUCCACGGAUUACUCUCCUAGGCAAAGACAUAAUUGGGGUCAGUCGCUGGUUGUACACAACAUUUCUCAAAUAAAACCAAAAUGCCAUCCUUGCACAAACCUAAUUUAGAAUUACAUGUAACAAGAUUUAAAAACAUACUUAAAUUCAUUCCUUCUUUCUUUCUUCAACAGGGCAAAGUGGGAUGUUCAAUCAAAAAGCACUGAAGGGCAGAAAGAACACUUUUUCUUAAUUGCUUAAUUGGUAUUCUUCCUAGACGGAGUCCCAAACUGAAAGCAGGUAGUGAACUGCAUCUCAUAAGCUUCAUAUGGAUCAUUGUGAUGCUUAUAGUGAGACAUUUCAGUCAGUCUUACAGAAUCUGUGGUAAAAAAAACAAAGAAAAAACAAAACAAGUAACAGUCUGUCAGCUUUGUGGGCAUUUUAAGGACUCUCCUCAGAGGAAGAUCAUGAAGCGUUGGGCAUGAAGGCAAUAUGGGCCCAGGAUCACAGAUUGCUGUUUUCAUGAACACACUCCAUGUUACAUUAAGACAAAUGUGUUUACAUCACAGCCAACAAUUGUC